AUGGCCAUUUUGGGGGAAUUUGAGGGCGUUUUUGGGAGCAGCACGGCGAAGGGGGCGUGGCCUGGGCCCCCCCGCGCUGCGAAGGGUUUGAAAUCCAACGGCCGUAACGGUCCGCUGGGCCACGCCCCCUCCGGGCCACGCCCUCUCUGGGGCACGCCCUGGACACGCCCCGCCCGCCCCGGGUCCCGCUGCCCCAGUACGGGGACAACUGGGACCAGUACGGGGACAACUGGGACCAGUGUGGGACAACUGGGACCAGUACGGGGAGCACGGGGACCAGUGUGGGACAACUGGGACCAGUACGGGGAGCACGGGGACCAGUACGGGGACAACUGGGACCAGUGUGGGACAACUGGGACCAGUACGGGGAGCACGGGGACCAGUGUGGGACAACUGGGACCAGUGUGGGACAACUGGGACCAGUACAGAGACAACUGGGACCAGUGUGGGACAACUGGGACCAGUGUGGGACAACUGGGACCAGUACAGGGACAACUGGGACCAGUACGGGGACAACUGGGACCAGUACAGAGACAACUGGGACCAGUACAGAGACAACUGGGACCAGUACGGGGACAACUGGGACCAGUGUGGGACAACUGGGACCAGUACAGGGACAACUGGGACCAGUACGGGAAGCGCAGGACCAGUGUGGGACAACUGGGACCAGUACAGGGACAACUGGGACCAUACAGGGACAACUCGGACCAGUACAGGGACAACUGGGACCAGUACGGGGAGCGUGGGGACCAGUGUGGGACAACUGGGACCAAUGUGGGACAACUGGGACCAAUAUAGAGACAAC